AUGUCCCCUGCAAUCAACAUCGCCAUUAUCGGAGCAGGUAUUGUCGGUUCUGCGUUCAUUAAUCAGUUGAGGAGCGUAUCGUCUUUGUUCGACUUUAACGUUAUUUAUUUGGCUAAAAGCAAAAGUGCCUUGAUCUCUUAUGAUUUCAAACCGUUGAAUCUAGCCAAUUGGAAAGCAGACUUGGACAAUAGCUCAUUAAAUCCCUUGACGGUGGAAGAACUUUUGAAAUUCUUGAAAAAUUCACCUUUACCAGCAAUUUUAGUUGAUAACACUUCUAGUGCUGACGUUGCGUUUGCGUACCCCCAAUUUGUCUCUAACGGUAUUUCAGUUGCAACUCCUAACAAGAAAGCAUUUUCCGGGGACCUAAAUUUAUGGAGUGAAAUAUUCAAAGCUUCUGGAGAACCCAAUGGUGGGCUAGUAUAUCACGAGGCUACUGUCGGAGCCGGUUUGCCGGUUAUUAGUACUAUCAAUGAUCUGGUCAACACUGGAGAUAAGAUUGAAAAGAUUGAAGGAAUUUUUUCCGGAUCUCUAUCCUAUAUCUUCAAUCGCUUCUCUACUACAAAGCCAAAUGAUAUUAAGUUUUCUGAAAUUGUGUCCAAAGCCAAGGAGCUGGGUUACACUGAGCCAGACCCUAGAGACGACCUCUCCGGGUUGGAUGUUGCUAGAAAAGUCACCAUUUUAGCCAGGUUAUCUGGCUUUAAUGUGAAAUCUCCUGAUUCAUUCCCUGUUGACUCUUUAGUUCCCCAGGAGCUUGAAACUUUGGAGACGAGCGAUGAAUUUCUUUCAAGAUUGCAUGAGUUUGACUCCCAAGUGGGGCACCUAAAGGAACAAGCUGCUUCCGAGGGCAAGGUAUUGCGUUUUGUUGGAACUGUAGACUUCCCCAACAACAAGGUCUCAGUUGGUUUUGGAAAGUAUGACGCUUCGCACCCCUUUGCUUCUCUUCAAGGGUCGGAUAACGUCAUCUCUAUCAAAACAGAGAGAUACCAGAACCCUUUGAUUAUUCAGGGUGCAGGUGCAGGUGCCGAAGUAACUGCUGCUGGUGUGUUAGCCGAUGUUAUUAAGAUUGGGCAACGGAUUUCUAAGUUGUAA